UCGAGUUGACCGCUGCCGGAUGUUGUGAAGAACAGGGACGCUGCACCGACGCGAUGUCACCGUCCAACAUUCACUCCACGGCUUGUGCUGCUUUCAAGUAGCUGUCACUCCAAAAGCAGGUGGGAACACCGCUCUCUGGUUCCAUGGCCGUCGGCUGAUGGGCGGAGCGAUGCGGCACCACUGGCUGCUCCUCGGGGCUUGCGGCUGGGUGCUGCUCAUCCUCAUGUUUGUCAGCAAGUUCAUCAGCUUCAGGGCCAUCGAUGACUAUGGAGAGAGGGUUGGUGGUCAGAGUUGGACGGUGCCAGGAACCAAGCUGGUUAAACCCAACCCUGCGUCUAUCAUAGAAAAGAAGCCAAAGCCGUCUGAUCAGCCGUCAGCGGGACCCACAGCGGCGGACUGGCAGGCGGUCGCAGAGAGACGAGUCGAGUCGCUGUCAGCCGUGUGCAGGAACAGCAGCCUCAGGAAUUUGACUCACGUCUCCAUCGGCAAGUUCGUCCUGGACCGCAUCUUUGUGUGCGACAAGCAGAAGAUCUUGUUCUGCCAGACGCCCAAAGUGGGCAACACGCAAUGGAAGAAGGUCCUCAUUGUGCUCAAUGGAGGGUUCCCCUCGGUGGAGGAGAUCCCAGAAAACCUCGUUCAUGACCAUGAGAAGAAUGGCCUGCCCCGACUCUCAUCUCUGAAGCCGCAGGAAAUCACUCACAGAUUAAGCACCUACUUUAAGUUUCUCAUCGUGAGGGAUCCGUUUGAGCGCCUCAUUUCUGCCUUCAAGGACAAGUUUGUGAAGAACCCUCGCUUUGAGCCUUGGUACAAGCACGACAUCGCUCCAGCCAUCAUCCGUAAGUACAGAAAGAGCCACCGUGACAGUGACCAAGCCGCCUCCGGCCUUCACUUUGAGGACUUUGUGCGUUACUUGGGCGACGUGGAAGGCCGCCAGCGCAUGGACCGACAGUUUGGCGAGCACAUUAUUCACUGGGUGACUUACGCAGACUUGUGUGCGCCUUGUGAAAUCCACUACAGCGUGGUGGGUCACCAUGAGACGCUGGAGGAGGACGCCCCGUACAUCCUCAGAGCGGCUGGCAUCGACCAGCUUGUGUCCUACCCGGCCAUCCCUCCAGGCAUCACCCGCUACAACAGGACCAAGGUGGAGCAGUACUUCUCAGGCAUCAGCAAGCGGGACAUCAGACGUCUUUACGCACGCUACCAGGGUGACUUCCACCUCUUCGGUUACCCCAGUCCAGACUUUUUACUGAACUAAAACGAUUAACACUGAAUAAAAUACAUGUUUUCACAUAAUCGCAAAGAGGUGUAUCGUAGCGGACUGUGUGCCUCAGCACGGGCAGAUUGAGAGGCAGGGAUGCACGUGAUUGCACACUGUUAUGUCUUUGUUCUAUUUUAGCAACUGUCGUUAAAAGUACUGACGAGGUGUUGCCCUUUUGGCCUCAAAUUGCUGUUCCUAUAUUUAAAAAGUGUUUUUUUAAUGGAAGAGAAGCCGUCACUGAUACGCAGAUUUAGUUCUGCUAAAGGCCGCAGAAUGUUUGAUUUUGUUUUGGAAAGGAUUUCCCAUCUUUUAUUUAACGCUAAUGACUGAAUAAUCCUCGUAUUUCAAAGACAUGUACUCGGUAAUACCAGGGAUACAGGCCCGUCGCCCUGUAAUGUAGCUGUUUAACUGCACUGUUAUGAUUCUGUCCAUGGACUUCAGGUUUUUGACAUGUUGAGUCUUAAUUGUUCUUGCUAUCAAAGAUGAAGGCGAAGGCGUCCCUGUAUCCGAUGUUACAGGAUCUGGACAAGCCGGGUGAUUGACAAGAAAAUAACACUAUUUGAUGUUAUGUUGCUCUUUUAAAUAGAUUUGAUUUUGUAUCUAAAA